CCCACUCACCGGAAACUGACUCCGACGUACAUCUCCGGCUUCACAUUACCAAACCAAGUUGAAAAUGAUGAAAGGAGUCAACAAACUGAUGAAGCUGAAAUCAGUUUUGAAGAAGGUCAACUCGUUCAACACCAAGCUGAACCAACCACCGACUCCAGCCUAUCACGGUCGCUCCUCCUCCGUGAGUGCAUUUCCCUUAGAAGACCUUCACACCGUCUACGUCGGCAGAACACGGCGUCCGUACCAGGUGAGCUCUGAUGUCGUGAGCCAUCCGCUCUUCCAGCAGCUAGCGGCUAUGGAUGGUGGAUGCGGCAGCGAGGACGGUUCGAUCGCCGUGUCGUGCGAGGUUGUCUUGUUUGAGCAUCUCCUUUGGAUGCUUGAGAACGCCGACGCCGACGAGUCACGCCCAGAGUCGGUCCACGAACUCGUCGAGUUCUAUGCCUGUUAACUUCUCGUAUGAUUAAUUUAGGUGAAAAUUAUACUACUAGUGAUUUAUAUA